AUGGUGAGCUUGCAAAGCUCAAGCUGGACUCAAGAAGAGAACAAAAAGUUUGAGCGAGCCCUAGCUAUCUACUCUGAUGACACGCCUGACCGCUGGUCCAAAGUUGCUUCUAUGAUCCCUGGCAAAACCAUCUCAGAUGUCAUGAGUCAAUACUCUAAGCUAGAAGAAGACCUCUUCGAUAUCGAAGCAGGACUUGUCCCCAUCCCCGUUAUUGGCUCGUUUUCCGCCAGUGGUUCCACAGGGGCUCCGGGAGUACCUCCAGUGGCAGAGGUGCAGCAGAGGGCUGCGGGAUUUGUUCAGCCGCAGGCUGUGGGUUUGAUGGUGCCGUCCUAUUUGGAUAUGUUGGGGCACAUGCAGAGGAUUGGUACGCCGUACUUUGAGGGCGGAGUUAGCCCAGAGGCGGCAGAUGAGUGGCGUCAGAGAUUGGAGCGGAAUUUCCAGUCUAUCAGAUUUCUGGUUUAG